AUGCAACCAAAUCACUGCGACCCUCUUGGUCAGGUGCGGGAGCCCAGAGCCGCAAGUCAACUGAUGCGCGAUGGCCAGCCGAGAGAACAUGGUCAGCCCCGAUCGUCUGGUGCGGCGCCCAUGAGAUCUGAAGAUUCGUGGAUCGAUGUUUCUUCCCAACCAUCAUCCUCAUCGCUAUCUUCAGCCGCCACAAACGACGACAUAAUCACAACUGGUCUUCACGUGGAACCUCGAGACGCUGGCAUGUAUCAACACCGUAGUCGGCGACGGCGCAUGCAGCAUCUCGCAGCGGUGGCGACAGCUCAUGUUGACUAUUCGUCGCGCGAGGCUAGUCUGGCAAGCAGCAGUCAAGAGGAAUAUGAAGAGAGUGAAAGUGAUCCAGAUCCAAAUAUGAGCAGCUCCAAUGAGGAUAUUCAUCGUCCAUCCUUGCCUGCUCCACGAUCUGUACCCUCGGCCCAGUCCGACGCAGCCUCUAGUGAUGAUGAAGAUGAUACUUCUACUGCUUUGGGAAUGGGGAUCAGUCCCUCACCAUUUGUCCCUCAACCAAACGUCUUUAGCCACCCACCACUCACCAAUGAUCCUUCCUGGACUCGACCAAGCGAGUCCCGCCGUUCUCAACCCAGUAUCUUGUCUAACUCCAGUCGCCGCACUGCCAUUCGUCGAGAGUCCUACCCUUCUGGCUCACGGCAGUCUCGCCGAUCUCCUCAGUCUCAGCAUAAGCCAGCCUAUCUACCCUUCUGUCCUGUGCUGCUGCUGCUCGUGGCCUCCCCAAGCCCGAGAACCAACGGCCUCCACCCUCCACUCCCCCCCCGCCCCGCUCAACCAUCCUCAUUUCGACUUGUUGGUGUCUCUGUUGCCAUGGGAGAGGAGAGUGAUGAUGAAAAUGCUUCCUCGCCCCAGUAUGCUGAGGCCAGCGCCCCCGUGGGUCCGUCUCUCCGUCGUGACCCCCGCUCCCCCGUGCCACCGUCUGGUCCGCCAGGAAAGACCAAACGACGAUCUACCUCACCCAAGGAUCGGACUUCCACAUCUAAGAAGAGUCGACGUGCGAGUCUCACGGACUCGACAGCUCCUGUCAGCCCCACAGUCAUGACGUGGGUCAUCAGUGCUGGUGUUGUAGUCCUGUUUUCGGCGAUCAGCUUUUCUGCGGGAUAUAUGCUUGGUCGAGAGGUUGGUAGGACUGAGAUGGGUAUGAUGGGGGAUGGUAGUAUCCCUGGUGCUCGAUCAUCGGCAGCAUGUGGGCAGGAGGCAGUUCGAGGCGGUCUAAGGCGGCUGCGUUGGGGUACAGCAGCCGCUGGAUCUGCGAGCCUGGCCUAA